AUGAGCAACAAAGAAGAUGCCGGCAAGGGUUGUCCUGCGGCAGCUCCGGUCUCCAGUUUUACCAUCCAGUCGAUCUUAGGCAGCAGCACCUCGGGAGGAGGCAGAGAGCCCAGCUCCAAGCAGACCGCCUCCGCCUGGCCGAGCAGGAAGAGGAGCCUGUCCGUCUCUUCCGAAGAAGAAGAGCCGGACGAGAGCUGGAAACAUCCCACUUGCUUCUGCUCCGACUCGCAGGCCCCUGAAGAAACGUGCCACAAGCAUCAGCCUCUCGGUUUCACGUGUCUCAGCAAUUCCAAGGGGACCGGCGCAGCGCUCGGUUCAGACCGGACGCCCCCUUUCCUCUCUCCGUCCCAGCCGGAUUUUAAGGAAGAGAAAGAGAAGCCGUUCGCUCCGAAUUCGCCUGCCUGCUCGGCGGACCGGCAAAGGGACGGGGCGGAGAGACAGGCCGGUUCGGCCAAGAAGAAGACGCGCACGGUCUUUUCGCGGAGCCAAGUCUACCAGCUGGAGUCGACCUUCGACAUGAAGCGCUACCUGAGCAGCUCCGAGCGGGCCUGCCUGGCCUCCAGCUUGCAACUGACAGAGACUCAAGUGAAAACCUGGUUUCAGAACCGGCGGAACAAAUGGAAGCGGCAGCUCUCGGCCGAACUGGAGGCGGCCAACAUGGCCCACGCCUCGGCCCAGACUCUGGUGGGGAUGCCGCUGGUUUUCAGAGACAAUUCCGUCCUCAGGGUACCCGUGCCCAGGUCCAUCGCCUUCCCGGCGCCCUUAUACUAUCCCGGCAGCAACCUGUCCGCCUUACCUCUUUACAACCUCUACAAUAAGCUCGACUACUGA